AUGGAAGAUCGGUCGGGCGAUGAUGACUACCGGGAACUCGCGCUCCAGUGUCAAGCCCGAUACAACGACUAUUUGAGGUUAAAGCAGCUUGUUCGAGAGGCGCAGGACAUGAAAAAGUCGUAUCUGACGCUACGGAGAAACGAGGCGGGCGUUCGGAGCGCCGCCGGGCCAGCAGCCAGCGAGCGAGCAUGCGCCAAUCUGAGCAACCAAAUCUCCGAUAUCUACGACCGAAUCGAGCAGACGGUCGAUGAGCUCAACAAGCAAAUCACCAAGGCCUACGGACUGAUUUCCGGGACACCGCCAUCGGCCACAUUUCAGCCGGACUACGAAACGAUAUUCGGCUUCUACACUAAGUUGGUAGACGAUACACGCUCGUCCCUGGAUGCGGACGACGAGGCCGGCGAACCUCUGACGAUCGUCGAGCCCGACCUGCGAUUCAUGGACGCGUUGGCGAGGAUGAAAUCGGAUGCCCUAAUUUUGCACAAGGAA